GGUGUUUUAAGGACGACCGCAUCGUGUUCUUGACAUGGAUGUUCUCCACGUACUUCAUGGAGAAGCUGUCGCCGCGCGGGAACAGGACGACAUGUUUUUUACGUCCGCAGGAAGCUGUCAUACGUCAGCCCCGACCAAUCAGAAGGAAAGAAGAAGGUUUACGACAACAGAGUGAGUGUGGCGGCUAAGAUGGCCCAGCGCAUGUCGUUCGGCUUCUAUAAGUACAACAACAUGGAGUUCGUCAGGAUGAAGGGGCCGCAGGGCAAAGGUCACGCUGAGAUGGCGGUGAGCCGGGUCCCGACCGGAGACACGUCCCCCUGCGGCACAGAGGAGGACCUGGACUCACCCCUACACGAGAGG